GUGCCGAAGCUGGUGGAACGUUGGGCCGACAGGGACCUCGUGGUGUUCACCUGUCAGUACUCGGCCCACAGGGCGCCGCAGUGUGCGAAUUGGUACCGCGAGAAGACUGGGCCGCGGCAGCGGGUCGGGAUACUCUCUGGCGGCUUCCGCGGCUGGGAGGCUGUGGGCCUCCCAGUGGCCAUGCCGGCUGACAAGGAGAAGGCAAAGAAGGCCGACGAGGUCGCAUUGCAGCUCGGGCACAAGUUCGUGGAGGGGUGCCUCGCGGGCGUCCCUGGCGGUGGAUUCUGCAUGCCAGGGGCGGCCCCGAAGCCGCCAGUCCCUGCUGCUCCAGAGGCUGCAUCUGGGCCGGUUGCGGCAACACCAGGUUGCGCACCCGUGAACCUCCCCAACAUGGUGCCGACGGUCGAGAACGUCGAGAAUUUAGACCCCGAGACCGUGCAGGAGCUGCUCCAGAACCACAGGUGCUUGCUGGUCGACUUGCGAGGGGAGGACCGUGCCGCAGGCCUCAUCGAAGGCGCCGUCCACGAGCCCGCCAUCGACAGCGUGCCUUUCCCGACGAGGGUCCCGCAGCUAGUGAAGGAGUGGGUGAACCAGAACCUCGUAGUGUUCACCUGCCAGUACUCUGCUCACCGUGCGCCGCAGUGCGCCAACUGGUACAGGCAGAAGUGCAGCCCGUCCCAGCGCGUGGCGAUCCUUUGUGGAGGCUUCCGCGGAUGGGAGGCCAGCGGCUUGCCCAUCCAGGCGCUUGCGAGUGGCAAGAAGGCCGAGAUGGCGGACGAGGCCGCGCUGCAGCUGGGCUCGAAAUUGGCAGGCGACCCUGCCGCAUGA